AUGAAGCUCGCCAAUAUCUCAUUUUUCUUGAUUUCGAUGUUUAGUUGCCCUUCACUAUCCGAUGCUGGCAUCGGCCUCCCACUUUGUGUCACCAAUCGGUGCCCCAAAUAUAGGAUCACCAGUACGGUUAUAAAUUUCACUACGUUGACUUAUUCCAUCCCGUAUGUGAUCACAUUACCGAGGCAUACCGUAACUGUUGUCCAAACUGUUACGAACGAUCUAGCAGACGCCGAAGCGACCAUCAGAACCACAACUCGGCCCGACGAGGGCGUCGCCACGGAAUCCGUCACUAAUAAUGAAACAACCAUCACUAAGACAGCUAAUAAAUAUCCAAAAACCUCUAUUAUUCCUGAGUCAAGUCCCACUACUGUAGGCAUUGAUUGCGGACAUUGA